AUGUCGUCCUCGAGCUUCGACGUCUGGCAAAACCCGCUGGGGUCCCGCUAUGCCUCUCAGGCUAUGCUGAAGCUGUUCUCUCCACGCACAAGAGCUUCAACAUGGCGGCAGUUGUGGGUGUGGCUAGCGGAGUCUCAGAAAGAGCUUGGGCUUGAUGUGAGCGAUGAGGCAAUUACUCAAAUGAAGGCUGCCGUAGUGUUUUCUGAUGAGGAUUUUCCGGUUGCUGCAGAAGAGGAGAAGAAACGCCGUCACGACGUUAUGGCUCACGUCUAUGCGUACGGUCUGCGAGCUCCAGCCGCCGAAAAACUCAUCCAUUGGGGAGCGACAUCCUGCUAUGUGACUGACAAUGCAGACCUGAUCUUCCUCCGGGAUGGACUGGACAUCCUGCUGCCUAAAGUCGCCAAAUGCAUCAAGAAGCUCUCCGAAUUUGCUAUCGAGCACCGAUCAUUGCCGUGCCUGGGAUAUACCCACGGUCAGCCAGCCCAACCUAUCACUGUUGGCCGCCGUGCUGCACAGUGGGUCGAAGGGUUGCUGAUGGAUCUGCGAAACCUGGAGCGCGCUCGUGAGGAUUUGACGUUCCGUGGUGUGAAGGGUACGACUGGUUCACAAGCAUCAUUCCUCCAGAUCUUCGACGGCGACCACGACAAAGUCAAGAAGCUCGAUGAUCUUGUAACUGCCAAAGCCGGCUUUCAGAAGCGUUCCAUCAUCAGUAUCCAGACAUACAAUCGCAAGACGGAUGUUGAUGUUUCCAAUGCUCUCAACUCGUUUGGUGCUACAUGUGAGCAUAUCGCGACGACAAUCCGAAUGCUUGCUAUGUUCAAGGAGCUCGAAGAACCAUUCGAGAAAGAUCAGAUUGGCUCCUCCGCCAUGGCUUAUAAGCGCAAUCCUAUGCGCUCAGAGCGUAUAUGCUCCCUGGCUCGCAAGCUGCAGACUUUGAACCAAGGCUUCGCCCAAACCUAUGCCCACCAAUGGUUCGAACGCUCACUCGACGACUCCGCCAUCCGCCGCAUCGACAUUCCCGAGAUGUUCCUGCUUGCAGAUGCACUUUGCAUAAUCCUGGACAACGUCUCCUCGGGUCUUGUGGUCUAUCCUGCUGUCAUCAAUGCUCGUUUGCAGGCGGAGCUGCCAUUCAUGGCGACGGAGUCCAUGAUUAUGCGGAUGGUCCAAAAAGGUGGUAGCCGGCAGGAAGCUCAUGAGCACAUUCGAGUGCUGAGUCAUCAGGCUGGCGCGGUAGUCAAGCAGGAGGGUAAGGCGAACGAUCUCGUCGAACGGGUGAAGCAGGAGCCGUUCUUCCAGCCCAUCUGGGAUGAACUCACCCCAGACAAAUUACUCAAUCCGGCUGCAUUCGUCGGUCGUGCACCUGAACAGGUGCUUGAGUUCAAGGCUGAAAUGGUCGAGCCAGCAUUGGCCAGGUACAAGGACCAAAUGGAGGUCGUGGCCGCCACCGAGAUCAAGGUCUGA